UCUUUGGAAUAGCAUUAUUUACCCCUCAAGUAUAGGCCAUUUCGAAUUGUUUCUCUCAUUACGACGUAGCUUAAAUGAACGCAUACCUAGGUAGUUUUCGUACGUCAAAGGUACAAUGCGAUACGUCGUAUUAUCCUUGCUUACUCGGAAAGGAUGUAGUAUAUCCACAUCAUGGUGGAGGCUUAGUUGGGCUGAGCAAGCCUCAUUUCCAAGAUGCAACUAGAGUAGCUGAACAUAAAUAAAAGGAGAGAGAAUUGUUAUAAUGCCAGGACGAUUUCCAAGUUCGUUCACGGUAUUGCAAUUCAUACCUCAAUUCACUUGAGCAAUCCCUCAACAUGGUAUCCAGUCUCUUGUACCUUGGCUUGUUCGCCUCCCUCGCUAAGGCGGGCAAUUUUACCGCGCCCCCGCCGACCGGUCCGUAUACUGUGGGAACAACAAAUAUCGAAAUAGUCGACUCUUCGCGUCAAGAUCCAUACGCGCCAACGCCUAAGCCGCGAGACCUUGUUGCUGCUCUAUAUUACCCGGUCGGUGCAGCUGCUUACCCGGGACCUCGCGCAGAAUGCAAGCAUGCGAUACAAUUCACACCAGCCGUCGCGUCUUUCUAUGAAAAAACUACUCCGGGAGUUCCGAGUGGUAUUCUCCAGAAUAUCGUUACACAAGCAUGUGUUGACGCGCCUUUAACCCAACCACAACUACCCGUCCUGAUCUUCUCACCCGGGUUGGGAGGAUCAAAAUACCUAUACAGCGACACUUUAGUAGAGAUCGCGAGUUACGGAUGGAAUAUUGUGGCGAUAGAUCACCCUUACGAGACCGGCAUUGUUCAAUACCCCGAUGGACGCAUCGUAUACGCUGUGAACGCCUCGAUUUCCAACACUGUAGCGAAUGUCGACAUCCGCGCUGCUGACAUGAUAUCCGUCCUGAACGCUCUGUCUAAUUCCACAGUCACCAACAAGAUCCCUGGUCUGAAGACGAGAUUGCGAACGGAUAAGGUGGGCGUGUAUGGCCAUUCGCUUGGCGGUGCGACAGCUUUACGAGUUACGGCCAACGACACGCGAUUUGUUGCAGGAUCGAACUUGGAUGGCUCAUUCCAGGGUACUUCGGUGCAGUUAGGAACCGAUGCCCCGUUUUUCGUCUUCGCCGCGCAGAGCCAUAACCGUACUAAUGAUGCAAGCUGGGCCGAAGGGUGGAAUAACCUCCGCGGCUUUAAGCGCGAAUAUGCGAUCACUGGUGUCGAACACAAUAACUUCUUGGAUGUACCAUUGUUGAGGCAGUUUUAUGGUUCUGCCUUUCCACCCGACGCCGCCCAACCCCUCGGCCCUCUAAACGGGACGAGAGGUAUGGCCAUUCAAAGAGCUUACCUGAACAGCUUCUUCCAACGAUUCUUGAAAGGAGUCAAUGAUGGUUUAAUGGAUGGUGUAGGAGAUGACAAAUACCCGGAAGUCUACGUUGGGGUAUAGAAUUUGGUAUGAUAUGCUGAAUAUGCAUUCUUGCCAUCACUACCUCUAGCAAUCGACAGUGUCGUGUCCAAUGGUAC